AUUUAUUGUUGUCAUUUGCUAUUGCACAAUAUCAAAUGAAGAGAGAAAGAAGGGUGGGGGACAAAUAAAUGGAGGUGACAGAAUUAGGUUUUCAGUGUUCUGAGGUUUCUAAUGAGAAUUUGACUGCUUUGUCCAUUAGUGACCAGUGGCUCUGCUGUAGCUGUUGAUUCAAGAGCCAAAUGGAUUUUCUUUUUUAAUUUAAAAUUUCAUAGUAUCAUGGAAUCAUUCAGGUUGGAAAAGAUCUAUCAUGUUAUAACAGGCUUCUUGAGCAGUGUAACAAAUGCAGGAUGCCUUGGUUUAAAUGACGAUCGAUAGCUCAGAUUGAACCCAUUCAAGUCCCACAAUCUCAAGAGCCAAAUUAUUAAUGGCUGUGGGAAAAUCCACUACAGAUGAGCAAUAGUUUUGGAGAAGCAGGAAGAAAUCCACUGCCAUGUGUACCUUGCACUGACCAAGUAGUUGAUCACUUCAGAUUACAAUGGAGUAUGUAAUUCCUGAAGCACACAUGAGGAGACCUUAAUGGCUUCAAUUACCAGUGAUCGUGCAAGUCAUGGAAACCACGGAGAGAAGGCAGAAAGCUAAUUCCGUGAUAGGGAAGCUCAGAGCAGGAAGAACCUUCCAGGAUCUGUGGCUAACUCACUAGGUAUUUAUGAAAUACAGCUAAAAACCUGUUUAGGCCAUUGAAAAAAAAAAAAAGGAACACCCCUUCCCCUCAGUCAAACCAACCUUAACCCAAGUGUAACCUUCAUGUUAACUUGUUUGUCCAGUUCAUUCACUUCCUAUUAUUCCCUGGAUCAUACUUUGAAUAAUUUCCAUGAUUUGUUUCUUAACAAGACCUGCCCCUUUUGAUGUCAUCGAUUUGAUCCAUAUAGGCUGGAGAGCUCCAGCCUAUCUCCAGUUAGAACAGGCAGCCCCAAAGUGUGGCACCAAGAUUGUCUUCCGUCCAGAGCUGAAGGCUGAGCUCAGUGCCUGCUCUAAACUCUCAAAGUUUCUGCCAAGAAACAGGCUUAAAGGAUGGAGCAGGAAGCGGCAAGAGAGGAGGAAGAGAGAAAAGAAGGCUUGAUAGAGUUCUAUGAUUCCUUCAAGGACAUGUUUGAGUUCUUCUGUAAGAACACCACCAUCCACGGCACCAUCCGCCUCGUGUGCUCAAGCAGCAAUAAGAUGAAGACAGCUUUCUGGACACUGCUCUUACUUGCCAGUUUUGGCAUGCUGUACUGGCAGUUUGCACUCAUGUUCAGUCAGUACUGGGACUACCCCGUUGUCCUGACCAUGUCGAUGCAUUCGGAGCCCAAGAUGUUUCCAGCAAUUACCAUCUGCAAUCUGGACCCGUACAGGUUUGAUCUGGUUAGUGAGCACUUGGCUCAAUUGGAUCGCAUGGCAGAGAAAUCUGUUACUGUUCUAUAUGGCAUCAACACAUCUGCCAGCUUAUUCCACGUCAACGAGAAGAGCAUCCACGUGAGAGACUUGCCAAGCACAGGCAACCACAAUGGAUCCAGCUUCAAACUGAGCCAAAAGUUCUCUCUACUGAGAACAACUGAGUUCAAUAAUAGGACGGGAAAGAGACAGUCUCUCGUGGGCUUCAGACUGUGCAAUGCCACAGGUGGGAAUUGCUUCUACAAGACCUAUUCAUCUGGGAUGGACGCAAUCCUUGAGUGGUACAGGUUUCACUACAUGAACAUCAUGUCCCAGCAGCCAGUUAUAAUCAACAUUUCUGAUCACGAGGAGAAGAUAGAAGACAUGGUCUACUCCUGUCAGUACGAUGGGGAGCCCUGCAGGCCCAGUGACUAUGUUCACUUUCACCACCCAGUCUUUGGAAGCUGCUAUACUUUUAACAGCAAGGGAACAGACCCCUUCUGGACAGCAACAAAACCAGGAAUUCCUUAUGGACUUUCCCUUAUCCUGAGAGCAGAGCAGAAGGAUCACAUCCCACUCCUGUCUACAGUAGCAGGUGUGAAAGUGAUGAUACACAACCACAACCAGACACCGUUUCUCGAGCAUGAAGGCUUUGACAUCCGACCAGGCAUUGCCACCACCAUUGGCAUCCAGCAGGACAAGGUGAAUCGCCUGGGUGGCAAUUAUGGGAAAUGCACAACAGAUGGCAGCGAUGUGAAAGUUAAACUCCUCUACAACUCCUACACCCUGCAGGCUUGUCUGCAUUCCUGCUUUCAGCACAUAAUGGUUCAAAAAUGUGGCUGCGGGUAUUACUACUACCCACUGCCUCCUGGUGCUGAGUACUGCAACUACAACAAGCAGCCUGCGUGGGGCCACUGCUUUUACCAGCUGUACAGCAGGCUCAGGAACCACCACCUGAAUUGCUUUGACCAGUGCCCCAAGCCUUGCAGGGAGUCGCUGUACAAGGUGUCUGCUGGGACAGCCAAAUGGCCAUCGAGGAAGUCUCAGGACUGGAUCCGCCAAGCUCUAAGGCAUCAGAAUGGAUAUAAUUCUACAAGCAACAGGAAGGACAUUGCCAAGGUGACCAUCUACUACAGGCAGCUGAACUACCAGUCUGUGAAUGAGUCUCCUUUGCUCUCGGAUAAUCUGCUUCUGUCCAGCAUGGGAAGCCAAUGGAGUCUCUGGUUUGGUUCCUCAGUGCUGUCUGUAGUUGAAAUGUUAGAGCUGCUCAUAGAUACGUUGGUGUUGUGUCUCCUCUUCUGCUACCAAAGGUUCAGGUCAAAGACAUUAAAUGUAGCCCGCACCCCCUCCAUCCCUAGUGUGAGCCUGACCCUAGAAAGCUACCGUGUUGUGCAGGAGGCUGGAAAUGGCACUGCUCCUGCCCAUGGCCACACUUCAGGAGUGCCUAUGGCUGUGGCCAACAGCAGUGACCCACAUCCUGCCCAGCUCUCCAGCAAGGCAAUACCUGAGCACUGCCCGGACGUGGUGCUGAAUGGGUUCAGGUACAUGAAGGACAGCUCUCUGGGAGGAGAAAUAAAUCACUAAGAAUGUUUGUGUGGUGUCAGACAGGCCAACUGCAUUUCAUUUUCAGAGAAAAGGCAGCCUACCACCAAAGGGGGGGCAUCAAUGGGGGGGGGGAAAGGAGUGCACACCCCCCAUUGUCGGGGAUGACAAUUUGCCAUAAGCUGCUCCAAUCACAGCUCUGUCCUUUGCUUACCACUGCUGCACGUAGAGGACCACGCACAGAAUGCUUCAGCCCGGGUUAUUUCAAGUGAGACCCGCUGUCUCAGAAUGGGAAGAAAUAGGGCUGAUCGCUUUUUUUCUGCCACAGAAGAAGCCUCGGAGCUACUGAGAUUAAAACAGCGCUGCGUUUUCAGUGCAGCCCAUUUGUGGAGAUGUUUUGAUGUUAAUAUUUGACAGUAACUUAUGUGUACAUAAAAUAACAUUUAUUUUUGA